AUGGCCUCUAACCUCUACCAAAUUCUCUCCAUUCUCUUCUUUCUUUCCAUAUCCCUGUAUUCUCCGGCGCCGGUGGUGGCCCAGGAGUGUCCAUACCCAUGUUACCCGCCACCAAUUGGCGGUGGUGGUGGUGGUGGUGGUGGCGGCGGCGGAAACAAUCAACCAACAACCACUUAUCCGCCACCAUCACAAAAUGGAUACUACCCUCCACCAUCUACUAUAUUCCCAUAUAAUCCUCCAAACCCUAACUACUAUGGUGGUGGUGGUGGUGGUGGUGGUGGUGGUGGACCUGAAGCUCCAGACCCUAUAGUUCCGUGGUUCCCUUUUUACUACAAGAAGCCGCCGCAUAGCCCUGAGAAAACUUCAUCCUCCGGUGACCGGCGGAUACAAUCGACGGUUGUCAUCUGUUUGAUCCAUCUUUCUAGUUUUCUGAUAUUUGUUAGCUUCGUAUGAUUAAUUCUUACUCUUUGGGUAUCUUGAAUUCCUGUGGGUUGAAUGAUGAUGUCAGAAAUUCAAGAAUUAAAGUGGUGAAGGGAUGAAUGAUAGAGAAAGGGCCAGAGUCUUGAUAUCUCCUUUUUUUUCUUUUUCUUUAUUAUAAUGUUAUUUUUUUUUUGUGGGUAUAGUGUCGUGGUUGUCUGGUUGAUUAUAACUGGUUGGUUCUCGAGACUGAAAAGUGUUGUUGCAUUGUCUUUUUUAUUGUUUUUUUAUGGCUCUGAUGCUGGAUUUUCGAAUAUAACAAGCUAAGAAAGCAAUGGUGUUUUUCUUGAAAUUGAGACACAAAAUUAAUAUCAAUAUCUGCUUUUUAAAUGCA